GCGGCGAUGGCUCAUAAAGCCGCCGGCCACCUGGCGGGCCGCUCCUCCGUGCGCCGCGGCCCAGGUGGUGCCCCGCCGUCCCUGCGGCCCGCGUCCCCCGCGUCCCGGUCCCCGUCGCCCCAGGGCGCAGGCAGAGCCGCGCGAGCGCAGGGCGGGAGCCGGGGCGCGCAGACAUGGGCAGCCGCGCCAGAGCGCGCUGGGCGGCCGCGGUGCUGGGCUUCGCCGGGCUGCUGUGCGCCGUGCUGGGCGCCGUCAUGAUCGUGGUGGUGCCCACGCUCAUCAAGCAGCAGGUCCUCAAGAAUGUGCGCAUCGACCCCAAUAGCCUGUCCUUCAACAUGUGGAAGGAGAUCCCUGUCCCCUUCUACCUGUCCGUCUACUUCUUCGACGUUGUCAACCCCGAUGCAGUCCUCCUGGGGCAGAAGCCGCAGGUGCGGGAGCGCGGGCCCUACGUGUACAGGGAGUUCAGACACAAGAGCAACAUCACCUUCAAUGACAAUGACACAGUGUCAUUCCUUGAGUAUCGCAGCUUCCAGUUCCAGCCUGACAAAUCCCAUGGCUUAGAGAGCGACUAUAUCGUCAUGCCCAACAUCCUGGUCUUGGCUGCGGCGAUGAUGAUGGAAGAUAAGCCCAUGAGCCUGAAGCUGAUCAUGACUUUGGCGUUCAGCACCCUUGGGGAGCGUGCCUUCAUGAACCGCACCAUAGGCGAGAUCAUGUGGGGCUAUGAGGACCCCCUCAUACACCUCAUCAACAAGUACCUCCCAAACAUGUUACCCUUCAAGGGCAAGUUUGGGCUAUUUGCAGAGCUGAACAAUUCUGAUUCUGGGAUCUUCACCGUGUUCACGGGGGUCAAAGACUUCAGCAGGAUCCACCUUGUGGACAAGUGGAAUGGGCUCAGCAAGGUCAACUUCUGGCAUUCUGAUCAGUGCAACAUGAUCAACGGGACUUCGGGACAGAUGUGGGCGCCGUUUAUGACUCCUGAGACCUCGCUGGAAUUCUACAGCCCUGAGGCCUGCCGGUCCAUGAAACUAAUCUACAAGGAGUCGGGGACGUUCCAAGGCAUCCCCACCUAUCGCUUCGUGGCCCCCAGCACCUUAUUCGCCAACGGCUCUGUCUACCCGCCCAACGAGGGCUUCUGCCCAUGCCUGGAGUCUGGAAUUCAGAACGUCAGCACCUGCAGGUUCAAUGCGCCCUUGUUUCUCUCCCACCCUCACUUCUACAAUGCUGACCCGAUGCUGGCAGAGGCAGUGCUUGGCCUCCACCCCAACCAAGAGGAGCAUUCCUUAUUCCUGGACAUCCACCCGGUCACUGGGAUCCCCAUGAACUGCUCCGUGAAACUGCAGCUGAGCCUGUAUAUCAAGGCCAUUAAAGGCAUCGGACAAACGGGGAAGAUCCAGCCCGUGGUCCUGCCGUUGGUGUGGUUUGAAGAGAGCGGGGCAAUGGAGGGCAAGCCCCUGAAGACCUUCUAUACCCAGCUUGUGUUGAUGCCCAAUGUGUUGCACUACGCCCAGUACGUCCUCCUCGCGCUGGGCUGCAUCCUGCUGCUCAUCCCCAUCAUCUACCAGUUGCGGAGCCAAGGUCCCAGAGAUGCCACGAGCCAGCCCAGCAUGGCCACUCAGCCAGACCGGCUCCCCAGCCCCUACGCCCCGCUUCUUCAAGACUCUCUCCAUGGACAGCCCAUCAGUCCUACUAAAGUCUGAGCACCCCAGUUGCUACAUGCGUGUCCACACACUGCACACCCCCAGCACACGUACACACACAAGUGCACAGGCGUGUGCAGGCACACUCAGGGAUGGAGCCGCUGCUGACGAGACUCAGGGGGGGCCUCACUAACAAGAACUGUCUGGAACCUUCUGUCCAAGUGACCCACAGUGCUGUGGGCACUGGGUCCCCUCCCUCGAGUGAGCCCAGCCCGACCCAUUCAGCCUGGGGGCCCGGGCUCCUGAAGGCUCAAGCCACCUCCCCCUGGCGCCCUAUCCAUAGUCACGAAAUACUGCAGUCCCUGCUUGGUGGCUCAGCCACAUAAGACAGGGCUUUUACUCUGGAGGGCUGGCUACUGUCCCCAAACCCAGCCUGGGAACACAGACUUCUUGUGCCAAAGCCAUGUGGGCGGAGGCUGCCCGGUCCAGCCCAACCAGACCCGGAGCUUUGGCCAUUGACCAUCCACCUGGGCUGAAGGCGAGACACCUUUGCAAGGUCUCAGUCAACAGUGUGAACUCGAGAUGCAUCUCAAGGCUGCUCCAGCGGUCUCCUUCCCCAAGCAGACUUUAAUCUCCCUCGAGUCUGCGUGGGCUCCAGGCUUGGGUGUCUGGGUCCCCAUUCCUCUAGCCUAAACUGACAUCUUCCUGUAUGCUGAGCCAGCCGCUCCCUGUUGGGGGUGGUGGGAGUCUCUGCCCCAAGCUGUCCCCAGCAAGGGCCCUCAGCAUUUGGGUGCCGGGGCAGAGGUGCAGAAGCCCAGCCGCAUGGUCUGGUCGGGCGGGAGACCCAUCCACCCGUGACUCCUGCUCCUCCCUCUGCCUCUUUUCUACUGUAAGAGAAGUGAAGUUUAUCAUCUUUUAAAAACAAAUCACUGUUGAAGAAUAAACCUUUUAUAAACGUUAA